UGAUCGAAAUUAAAAACAUAAAUAAUAAUUUUCUAUUUUAAUUUCAAAGAAUUAAAAAUAUUUACUUUAAAGAAAAAACACUCAAAGCAAUAUGUCAAGAAAAUGAGUUCACCAGAUUCUAAAGAAAUUAAUUUAGUACGAUGUUUAAAAUGUGGCAAAAUAUUAAAAUGUUCGCGAUAUGAUACAGCAGCUUUAUUGGAACACAUACGCACAGAUCAUCCCGAAGUCGAUGUUGUAGAUACAGAUACUAAACGAAAAAGAUCAUAUCUUGAGGAAACAACUAAGCGAAAUCAAAAUUCCCCAGUUAAUAGAUAUAAAGGUCAGACAGAGCCUGACAAUGAAAUUAAGCAAUGUUGUGAGUGCUCCGAUGAGGAUUGUAAUGUAGACAAAUGUCAACCAUACAACGCAGAUCAAAAUGUCAGUUACGUGAAUACAGAGGAUGAGGAAAGAGAAAAACAAUGGCCUAGACCAUUUGUGACACAUUAUGCUGUAACAUCUGAAAUAUUAGAAAAGUAUCCAGAAAUAAAGGAGUGUGAAUAUUGUCCUCGUAAUCCAAAUGCUGAAGUUGUCUAUACACGACGUUAUAGACUAAAUACUCCUUCAACUGUAAAUGAGCAGGUCCUACAGCAACCAUUUCAACGCAACCUAUAUUGCACUUCUAUUGAAAAAUGGUGUCCCGCAGAUGGUACUAUUUAUUGUCCCAAAUGUGGCUGCAACAAACGUCCAUUGAUAAAAACAAAAGCACAGCGUUUUUCUAACAAUGAAUGUGCCGCCUGUUGCCUUUUAAGUUGUUGGCCAUUUUGUUUCCUACCCUGGCUAUUGCAGGGACCAAGUCAGGAUUAUCUACACUGUGCAAAUUGUAAAACAUUCCUCGGUUUAUAUGAUCGCAAUACGAAUUGUGUACAACCCAAUCGUUUGUAUAUUACAGUCGAUCCAAAUGAUCAGUGUUUUGUCAAGGAUGAUAACAGUGUUGCAAAUGAAAAAGCUGAAAAACUAUUGGAUAAUGAAUCACCACCUCCCAGUUCUGCGGGUGAUGAUAGUGCUAAUGUGAAACGUUUACCCUCCAUUGUCGUAGAUGGUAAAGAACUAUCACCCGAUGUGGUGGCACGCUUGCAGAAAUUUAAAAAAUACGGUUCUUUAGCAGGUAUCGAUUUAGAUGCUUUAACCAAUCCGUCAGAUUCCCCAAAUUCAACGAAACGUAAUGGUUCCUAUAGACAAAAUCAAAAAGCGCCAUCUAAUGACAAAGCAAAUAGAAAAACGGUUGUUAAGAGUGCUUGAAUUGACUAAAUGUAAAUGUAAAAUUACAUGCUGAAAGCUUUUAGUGUACUAGAGCUUUUUGUGGUAUGUUAAACUUUUUACAGUUGCUGUUAUACUUUUGUGUAAAAAUUAACAGAAAUGUUCGAAAGUGUUCGUUGUGAAUACACGUUUGUAAAAAUUAAAUAAAAUUUGCAAU